GGCAGGACGUAACCCGAAAAUGAUGUUAUGUGUGUGCCCAGCGGUAACAACCGAUUUGCAACGACCAGGGGUGUGCAAUGUGAAGAAUCAGCUCGCAGUGACGACCUUGACGUGAAAGCACGUGUUUACUAUUUGGACCCGGAAGUUGAGAGGUAAAGGGAGGUCAUUCUCACAACAACAACAGCAACGCUUCAAGAAGGGAUUACCAAAGUCGAGCACAUUUGAACACUUUUGUGGAAUGUAAAAGGAUGAUAUAAGUACACGCCUCGGAGUGACCAGACAACAGGAACCGUCAUGCUUUCAGACAAGGACAUUGAUGGAGGAUGGGCGUGGGUAGUUCUGGUAGCCACAUCACUUGGCAUGGUUUUCAGAGGCAGCACAGCAAUAUCUCCUGGCUUUCUUCAAGUGGAGUUCUUGAAGUAUUUUUCUCAGAGUACCGGCUACACCAGCCUUGUGACGUCCAUGUUUAUGUGUCUGGAGUUUGUUAUGGGCCCAAUAUCCAGCGUGUUCUGUACCUUGUUCAGUGUCAGGACGGCCAUGAUGACUGGUGGCCUGCUGAUGUCGCUUGGCCUUGUCAUUGCUAGCUUUACCGCGGACAUCGUGCAGCUUCUUCUAGCGUACGGUGUUCUAGGAGGCCUAGGGUUCGGCUUAUCGUACACUCCCCACAACAUAAUACUAGGUUAUUACUUCAAUCGUCAUCAACCAUUAGCAAACGGGAUUUCCCUCGCGGCUUGUGGUUUAGGCCUCUCCGUGGGGCCCUUCGUUGUAAUGUGGCUUAUAGAAUCGAAUGGAUGGCGAUUCACGCUAGUAGCUCUAGCUUGCUGUAGUUUGCAGUUCUGUGUGGUCGGUUGUUUGUAUUUCCCUACAAAACGUGAAAAAUCAACGGAACAUGGCAAAGGACGGCGGAAAAUCAAAUGUGGCGGAUGUUCUAAAUCGGAAACAUGUCUGUGGUACCUUAAAGACGUGACCUUUUGGAUAAUGUGCAUAAACUACGGCCUUGUUAUGGUUGGCUAUGGAAUCCAGAUUGUCCACUUUCCGGCAUAUGCAGAAUCGCUGAACAUACGUCCGGAACUCCUUGCAUGGCUGUACACAACCUUCGGAAUUGUUGUAUCUAUAUCACGGGUGCUGUGUGGAGUUUUAUGUAACGACAAAACGGUGGAUCUCCUGAUGGUAUAUUUCAGCACUCAAGCCAUACAGGGACUUAUCACAGUGUUUAUGCCCCUGUAUGCUAAAGACUACGUGGGCAUAAUGACGUACCAGGUUCUGGUCUCAAUCUUCUAUGGGUCCAGCCAGGUCCCUCUCUCGCCGCUUGUUGUCCAGCUGUUUGGUGUUCACAAAUUGUCAACAGUAUUUGGUUGGAUGAUGCUCUGGGGAGGUGUAGGAGCUCUGGUUGGGCCGGUGAUUGCAGGCUGGCUUCAUGACGUCACCAGGUCGUACUCCAUUGGGUUUCAUGUCGGAGGUGUUUUGGUCAUGCUGGCUGCAGUGCUUCUUCUGUUUGUUCCCAUGUGUAGACAGCGGGAAGCUGGUGAAGAUGUCACAGAACCGGAACUCGCGGAAAAACUUGUACACAAAGACAAAGCUAUUGUUGUGAAAGUUGACGUUAAAACACAGUUGUGUGCUGACGUUCAGUAGAGCUGGAAGAAUGGUUGCCGAUCGACCCAUGCAGAUCUUCUUAAGGCGCGUUCCCACGUUGCAGUUUGUGGCAUACAACACGUUUCAUGCCACAAAUUACAGGAAUGGUGUAGCCGUUCACACGUUGCAACAGUUGCAUAAAAGUUUUAGUCUCGCGACACUGCCGUGCGUAUGCGCGUGUAUAGUUGCUAUGCAACCAAUUGUUCUUCGGCCGCUGGGUUACUGAAGAUCAAUUCGAAGAGCAGGGGCUUGUGUAAUUCCGUGGGAAUUACAUGUUAAUUGUUGGAACCAAUACUUACUGUAAUCAGUAUUGUGUAUGAAUUCAGAAAGAAAACAUGGUUCAAUUUUGUCUGUUUGCUAUAAGUAUCAUUGUGGGGUGAUUGAAUAUGAGUUCCCAAAAUUGCUUGCAGCACCAUUUCGAAAUAUUUACAUACGCUUAUCACAACAUAGUCAGGUAGCAUAGCAAUGAUAUAGAAAUAAAAAUGCUUCUACUUUCAA